AUGGCCUCUUCCGAUAUUCUGUCGCAAGCCCUUUCCUCCAUCACGUCGAUAAAAUUAGAGGAGCUAUCUAUUCAGCGAUCUACUUUUGAAAAUGCCAAAGCUGAGCUCUUGAAAGCUGUCGACGCCGAGGCUAAUCAGACCGAGAAAGUUCGCAUGCUCGUCGACCGUAUCGAGAGUUUCCCGUCCAUAAGCAAGGUCAAACUAGGUGACAAUGCUCCCAUCUCCCUCAACAACAUUAAAAAAUUUCUAAAGCAAGCUCGCUAUGAUCCUUCUGUCUCUAUGGAACUACAGAAAAGCUGGCAAAUCAAACUCCAGGAAGCCCUUGAUGGCCACUCCCGCCGUUACGAAUACGCUUCUCUGUACGGAAAUCUGGUGAGCGAAUGGCUUUCUGCGUCGGAAGAUGGUGCAGGCUCUUCGGCUGGUAAAAGCACAGUUGAGGAAGUAGGACGCAAUGAAAUGCACGAACAGCGUAGAACCUGGGAGGACUAUGUCUUCAAGGCUCAUGAGACCGAUUCUUCCGCAGUCGACAGUUACCUCAAAGCAUUCUGCCGCGUCAUGACGGAGUUUGCUAAUCUCAUGGGUCUCAAGUUCAACAAGGAGAAGACUGGAAGUGUCAAAAUCACCAGAAAGGGCGAGAAGCUGGAUAAAGUUGCCGCCGGCCUCCCAAAGGGUGAUGUUCGCUGGGGACUUCUGAAGCUUGACUUGGUCACUGGACGAUUUGUCAUCGACCAAGACAGCGUAGAUGAACACAUCGAAGAACUCCAGCUUCAGCUCAGAGCCUGCAAAUCGGUAAUUGAAUGGAUCCAAGUCUGGAAUCUCUACGGCGUCCGCUAUUUUACUACCAACUUUGGCCGGCUAGCCAAUUGUUUCGGUCAGGUACAUGUCGAAAUGAUACUUGAGACUUUCACACGAAUUCAGAGUCAACUUUUUGCUUCCACCGGCGGAAGCGUUACUUCCACCCUUAAGAAAAUGAUAGCCGACCGAUUUGGAGUGAAGGAUAUUCCGGAAGGCUAUCUAUACUUUCCUAUGUCAAUGGGCGGACUGGAUCUCAAGAGUCCUUUCGUAGGCCUUAAUCUUAUUCACGAUACCGUCGCCAGGAAUCCUGAUACCUAUAUGGAUGACUACUUCACUAAUGAGGAGAGCGAAUAUCGUAAGGCCAAGAUGCUCUUUGAUAAUGGUACGAUUCCAGGCCUCUCAGUUGCGCUCAGGUAUUCGGUCGAUAGAAAACCAUUCAUGUCUUUUGAGGAGUAUACACGGUACAGGGAGCAGACCUCUAGGAACCUCCGUGAGACCUAUGUCGCCUUGACUGCUAAACCAGAAACGAAAAAUGUCGACCAGACUAGCGAUGUUUCAAGCCUUAUUUCCUCUUCUGACUGGAAAUCGUUACAGCCAUCUCAGCAGUGGAUCAUCCAACUAUAUGCUGCUGAUAUGAUUUCACGCUUUGGCGAAUUGAACGUUGUGGAGAAAGGUAUGCUUCCAACAGGCAUGGUGAGCGCGUUUAGAGAGAGUCGGUUUAAGUGGUAG